AUGGGAGGACUGGUCAGUAAAGUGUUCCCCGCCGAUCCGAAGCUGGUUGAUGAAGCGAUCAAAACUGCAGAGAAAAUUUCAUCGCAUUCACCACUAAUUGUUGCCCUAUGCAAGGAAUCCGUAAACACAGCGUUUGAGACAACAUUGACUGAAGGACUUGGUUACGAGAAGAAAAUAUUUUAUGCCACUUUUGCUACUGAAGAUCAAAAGGAAGGUAUGGGCGCAUUCGUUUAGAAGAGAAAGCCGAAUUUCAAGAACAACUAA